CAAUAACAAAAAUUAGUAAAACUACAAAAACAAAGUUGCAAGUAGUUGGUGCUACAAAAGAUUUGUUCAAGUUCAAAUGUAUAAUGGAAGGUUCUAAUUUCUUUGUGUUAUGCCUAUAGCCAUUAAUUUUUGAGAAACUCUGAUGAGUCUUCCAAAAGUAGACAAACAUAAUAGAAGGGUAAUAGAUGGGUAAUAGUUAUUAGGUCAAGAAGAUUAUCAGUUGUUGAAGUUGUUUGUGGAUACUUGAUUUCUUAUCAAGUAAAAACAAAUUAUAUUUCCAUGCAUAACAAGAUGAUAUAAAAUGGCUUUCAAUUUAUUUAUAAAAAUAUCUAAUAAUAGUCUGAAAGGACAUGUAGCCAAUUUCGGAAUAUUCACAAGGAAAAUUGAUUACAAGAAAUGUUACCAAAUCCUAGGAAUCCAGGAAACAAGUGAUCAGGAACAAAUUCGAGCUGCCUAUUUGAAUCUAGUGAAAAGAUUUCAUCCAGAUAGUGGGACUGAAGAGGCUAGUGAUGAAAAAUUCAAAGAAAUUGAUAAAGCCUUUAGAAUAUUGAUCAAUAAAAAAUCAAAGGAGAGAUGGGAUGUUGAGGAAGGUGUUAUUGUUGAUGAUCAUCCUGACAUAAAACAUACAGCUCCACAACAUAGGCAGUAUCUCAACUAUGAUGGAGUUGGUUCUGGAAAUCCCUUCCAGAGAGAGAAACAGUAUGCUCAAAUGCGUGCCACACAGGCAGCUAAAAAUGUAUAUGAACAUGGCAUUGCAAAGGCAACAGCUGAAGAGAAAACUUUGAUUAAUAAGGAGCAAAUUCAUGAGACUUGGGUUCCUCUAGACCACAAGAUCAAGACUAAGUUGGUAAACAGUUUAUUUGUCCUGCAUGGUUUUGAUCGGUUGGUAGAGGAUCUAAUUCAAGAAUCAAUAGCAAGAGGUGAAUUUAAGAAUUUGAAAAAUAGUGGAAAACCACUGCCUACCCAUCAAAAUAUGAACCCGUAUGUGGAUUUUGUAACUCAUAAAAUAAACGAAGUACUGAUAGAAAAUGGAUUUACUCCAGAAUGGAUAACUUUACAAAAAGAGAUACGGGAAGAAGCCGGGCACCUACGCAACGAUCUCUUGACAGAACGUAAACAUUUUGGCCCCUACCCCCUCUCCGUAGAAGAAAAUAUAGUUUGGAGCGAAAAAGUGUACCAUUACAAGAACGUAGUGGAGACGAUAAACAAGAAGAUAACCAAAUUCAAUCUCCUCGUGCCCAUUUUGAAUAAACAGAUGUUGCACGUUUGUCUCGAAAAGGAAGCGCAGAAGGCAAUGGUCAACGGAAAGAGUACUAAGGACAUCUUAGAUUAUGGGGUGCAUUCGAACAACGUAGGCUGUGAUACAGGUACAAAUAGUGUUAGUGUGAACCUUUUUAGCAUAUUAGAUUAUUUUUUCAAAGGAAAAUGAUGUUUACAGGUUUUGAGUGUGAAUGAUUAUUAAAUAUUGUUUGACAACUCGA